AUGGGUCCACUAUCGUACGCCUACUCUGUCACUGCUUCAAUUAUACACCCACCACCACCACUUGGAGGCCGAUGGAAGGAGAUAUUCUUCAAACCGACUGAAGCGAGCAGCUCACGCCAUUGCUUUUCGGUCCGCUCCAAGGUCGCCGGCGACCUGGAUCAUCAUCAUAAUACUCAUACAUACCGUGGCGAAGUCACAGAUUUUAUCGGGAAUAAUCUGCUCAUUAAUGAUCAGCCGGGAGUACCCCCGUUCCAUAGCGUCGACGACAUUGCUAAGGAUGGUACGGGCUUGCAUAUCCAACCAGUUAUGCGGGAUCCAGAGCAUGCAAUAUGCUCUCGCGCGUACAAGCACCACUGUCAAUAG